UAUUGUAAUUAAUCCGUGUAGAAGUACCAAAGCACAAUCUGACAACAGUGUCCCCCUCAACGCGAGUACCGUGUUUCAAUUUGACGCAAUCAUUUUUCGAGCAGACGGAGGAGCGCAGUUCGCGGAGUGCAAGUCGGCCGUACGCAAGGGGCCCACAGUUCCGUCGUAUAAAGGGACACCAUACAUCAGUGUUGUUGUUGUCGGCGGCGCGUUAACCGAGACACCGAACCGGCUCUGUUGUGCGUCAGUUUAACCGAAGGGUGUCGAGUGUGUGUGGGGGUGCGUGUUAACCAGCAGCGGUGGACCGGGUACCAGGAAACCGGCGCAACAUCAUGACGGGCAGGAUGCAGGGCCAGACCAUAAACGACAGGUUGUUGGCCGCCAGGCACAGCCUGGCCGGACAGGGUCUGGCCAAGUCCGUUUGCAAGGCGACCACCGAGGAGAUGAUCGGCCCGAAGAAGAAACACUUGGACUAUUUGGUUCACUGUACGAACGAGCCGAACGUUUCCAUACCGCAGCUGGCCAAUCUGCUGAUAGAAAGGUCGCAGAACGCCAAUUGGGUGGUGGUCUACAAGGCCCUCGUCACCGUCCACCACAUGAUGUGUUACGGAAACGAAAGGUUCACACAAUACCUGGCGUCCAGCAAUAGCACGUUUCAAUUAAGCAAUUUCCUAGACAAAAGCGGUGUACAAGGGAUUCUAGCAAUAAGGACGGGGUACGACAUGUCGCCGUUUAUAAGACGGUACUCCAGAUAUUUGAACGAAAAAGCUCUUUCGUACAGAACUGUAGCUUUCGAUUUCUGCAAAGUGCGCAGGGGGAAAGAGGAUGGCAUGUUGAGGACCAUGAACGCAGACAAGUUGUUGAAAACCUUGCCGGUGUUGCAAAACCAAUUGGACGCCCUUUUAGAGUUUGACUGUUCGGCAAACGACCUAACAAACGGCGUAAUCAACAUGUGCUUCAUGUUGUUGUUUAAGGACCUAAUCAGAUUAUUCGCCUGUUAUAACGACGGAAUCAUAAAUUUAUUAGAGAAAUUUUUCGACAUGAAUAAAAAACAGUGUAAAGAAGCCCUAGACAUAUACAAAAAGUUCUUGAUCAGGAUGGACCGCGUAGGAGAACUGCUAAAAGUGGCUGAGAACGUGGGAAUAGACAAAGGAGACAUUCCGGACUUGACGAAGGCACCGAGCAGUCUGUUGGACGCCCUGGAACAACAUUUGAACUACAUGGAAGGCAAAAAGACCUCAUCGUCCACGAGCGGUACCCAAUCGUCGUCAAGUAGCAAUAAAAAGAACGUAAAGUCAGGAGUGACAGCCUUAUCAUCAACAAGUAAUGCAUUUGGUAAUGUCGUCGCCAACGGACGUUUCGACACACCCACAAACGGUAUCGACGAAAACCUAAAGCUGCAAUUGUUGGCAGAGGAGGAAGCGGCCAUGAACCAAUUCAGAGCAAAAGUUAGUUCACCAUCAACCGUAAACAACCCCUUCCUGAGCAAUUCCUCGUCGUCGACGACCGUGUCUUCGCAAUCCGCACCCGCCGUCGAUUUGUUCUCGACAGAACAAGCUGCCUCAGCUUCGCCGCGUGCAUCCGACGAUCUGCUGCAGCUGGCCAAUCCGUUUGCGGACGCGUUCGCCCAACAGCCCGCCAAACCGCAGGUUCCCCAACAGAACUAUACCAACAUCUGGAUGGCAAACGGAAACGGUUUCACCACAUCACCUCCAUUGAGCGUCGCCUCGUCAACGACAAACGGUUCGUUUGUGUCCGAGAACAGUUUCGCCACCGUUUUCGGCGCGACGGAGGCCAACAAUGCCGGCGGAUUCGACGCUUUAGGUGGCGUAUUACAGCCGACAAACAGCAACGGCGAAAAGACCAACAAUGGCACGCAAAACCUCAACGGCAACGGUUUAAAUAACAAUAACAACCAACAGACCACCAACGGCCUCUUGACCGGAGAUCUCGAGUCCAGUCUCGCCUCCCUGGCCGAAAACCUCACCAUCAACAACAGAACGGCACCAAAGGGUGUGCAAUGGAAUUCGCCAAAGAACGGCUCCAAACAGGGCAACAAUUGGACACCGCAACCCAUGUCUGCGACCACCGGAGCCGGAUACAAACCGAUGAACCAACAAAUUAGCAAUUCUCCAUUCGGAGUGACGUCCAUUCAACCCCAGAUGUACCCGCAAAUGCAGCCGAUGAUGGCUUUGCGUCCGAUGGCGGCGAACCCAAUGAUGGCUCAAAUUCCGACGAUGGGCGGCGUCCCGCCCAACACGAACCCAAUGGGUCAGUCAUCAUUGUUGUUCCACUGAAGCCGCGGCCGACAGCAUCCAAUACGAUCCGUAUAUACUGCGAAUCAAAUGUUCAACAGUAUGCCAUCCUAGUGUACAUAUUAUACAAAAAGAAAAAUAUCAAGGGUACAACUGUAGCUAUAAUUUUUGUACAUAUCCUGGAAUAUCUACUAAUUGUGAUUAUUACAUAUCUAUGUAUUAUUGGCUCGGAUCACGACCGCCUCUCCGACAGGCUGAGAGAUAAAUUUCGGUUGUCGAUUGAGAAUGUUUUCAAAUUGUUGUUCAAAACGUUUGUAGUUAAGGCCGUCCAGUUGUAAGAUAAGGUGAGUAUUUUCCAUGUGGUUUUGAAAAAAUUAACAUUGCCCUAAAGAAAUAAUGUGAUUCAGCAUAUAAAAACAAUCAGUUAAACGACAAAGAGACACUGUGGACUUUGAUUUUAAGUUCGUUUAUGUGCUGUAUAUUUUGCAAAGUCAAAAAUGUUUAACUUAUACAAAAAUGUCUAUAAAUAGUUGAUAACUAUCUUGUGAUAAAUUGUGAUGCAUAUAUUGAAAUAAACUCGUUGAUAAAUGUCUGUUAAACUAGUAAUUAACGACUUGUUAAAUAUAUUCUAAACUCUUGUUGAUUUUGCGAUAAAGUAAGCAUUUUUGACAAAGCGACUAUCCAAUUCUGCAUGACGUAUUGUAUAUAUUAUACUUUUUUAAGAUGAUGAAACUAUAAUUUUUAUGAUAUGUGACAAUAAAAUAAAAAUUGACAGUUAGAGAAAAGAUCAUCUUUGAACUUUUUACAUUUCUCAUAUGUACGUUCAAUAAAUAUUUUUAAUAAAUAUUUAAUAUUGCCAUAAAUCUAAAAUCUUAAGAAAAAUGUGUGAUUCACUCACUUUUUGUUUAAUUAUGUUAUACAGAUUUUUUAGAUGGUUUCUUAAAUGUUUAAGUUGUAUUUAAUGCACCGCAUAAAAUACAACCUGUUUAUUAAGAUGUUUAUGAAUGUGCACUGUUUUAAAUGUUACUAUUUUACACCUAUGUGAUGCAUAUCUAAUGAGAUUUAUUUUAUCCGUUCUAUACAUUAUUUACGAAAAUACUAUUAACGUAUUAAGACUUAGUGCAUUUUAUUAAUUUAGCUUCUGUAUAGACACAUCUACUCUGUUAACUUAAAUGUAUAAUAAAUAUGUAUUAUCUGAA